AUGUUUAAUUGUUAUUUCUUUUUUUCUUUUUUUCUUUCCCAUUCGCCCACAUUUUUCUCCUUUCUUUCUUUCUUUCUUUCUUUCUUUCUUUCUUUCUUUCUUUAUUUCUUUCUUUCUUUCUUUCUUUCUUUCUCAUUCGUCCUCUUUUCAUUUGUCCUCUCUUUUAUCUUUUUACUGUCUUUAAUUUUUUCAUUUUUCUUUCUUCAUCAUUUCCUCUUCUUUCUUUCUUUCUUUCUUUCUUUCUUUCUUUCUUUCUUUCUUUCUUUCUUUCUUUCUUUCUUAUUCGUCCUCUUUUCAUUUGUCCGUUUAUUUUUCUUUAAGUCUCUUCCUUUUAUCUUUUUGCUGUCUUCAAUUUCUUCAUCCUUUUCUCUCCUUUCUUCACUCUUUCUUUCUUUCUUUUUUCUUUCUUUCUUUCUUUCUUUCUUUCUUUCUCAUUCAAUCGCUUUUCUUGUGUCCCUUUAUUUUUUUCUAAUUUUCUUUCUAUUCUCCUGUUAUAAUUUCUUCUUCUUCUUCUUCUUCUUCUUCUUCUUCUUCUUCUUCUUUUCCUUUCUUCCUUCUUCUUCUUCUUCUUCUUCCUUCUUCUUCUUCUUCUUCUUCUUCUUCUUUUCUUCUUCUCUUCUUCUUCUUCUUCUUCUUCCUUUUCUUCCUUCUUCUUCUUUCUUCUUCUUCUCCUUCUUCUUCUUCUUCUUCUUCUUCUUCUCUUCCUCCUCUUCCUAUUUCUUCUUCUUCUCCUCCUCCUCUUCCUCCUCUUCCUAUUUCUCCUUCUUCUUCUCUUCCUCCUCUUCCUAUUUCUUCUUCUUCUUCUUCUUCCUCUUUCUUCCUCCUCUUCUUCUUCUUCUCUUCUUCUUUUUCUUCCUCUUCCUAUUUCUUCUUCUUCUUCUUCUUCUUCUUCCUAUUUCUUCCUCUUCUUCUUCUUCUUCCUCUUCCUAUUUCUUCUUCCUCUUCCUAUUUCUUCCUCUUCUUCUUCUCUUCCUCCUCUUCCUAUUUCUUCUUCUUCUUCUUCUUCCUAUUUCUUCUUCUUCUUCCUCUUCCUAUUUCUUCUUCUUAUUUUCUCUCUCUCCUCUUCCUAUUUCUUCUUCUUCCUAUUUCUUCCUCUUCUUCUUCUUCGUCUUCUUCUUAUUAUUAUUAUUUCUUCCUCUUCUUUCAUCUUUACCUCUCUCUUUUUCUUUCUUGCUUUUCCUAUUCCUUCUAAACUGUUGUUUCUUGUUAUUUCAGCUCCUUUCUUUCUUUCUUUCUUUCGUCAUUAUCAUUACUAAUUUAUACCUAUCAUCAAAACUAUCAUUCACAUCUUUCUUUCUUUCUUUCUUUCUUUCUUUCUUUACUCGUUCAUUUUUCUUUCUUUCUUUCUUUGCUCGUUCAUUUUCUCUUUUCUUUCUUUCUUUCGUUACUCGUUCAUUUUCUCUUUUCUUUCUUUCUUUCGUUACUCGUUCAUUUUCUCUUUCUUGUUCAUUUUCUUUUUCUUUUUUCUUUUGUUACUCGUUCAUUUUCUCUUUCUUUCUUUCGUUAUUAGUUCAUUUUCUCUUUUCUUUCUUUCUUUCGUUACUCGUUCAUUUUCUCUUUUCUUUCUUUCUUUCUUUCGUUAUUCGUUCAUUUUCUCUUUUCUUUCUUUCUUUCGUUACUCGUUCAUUUUCUCUUUCUUGUUCAUUUUCUCUUUCUUUUUUAUUUUGUUACUCGUUCAUUUUCUCUUUUCUUUCUUUCUUUCUUUCGUUAUUCGUUCAUUUUCUCUUUUCUUUUUUUCUUUCGUUACUCGUUCAUUUUCUCUUUUCUUUCUUUCUUUCGUUAUUAGUUCAUUUUCUCUUUUCUUUCUUUCUUUCGUUACUCGUUCAUUUUCUCUUUCUUGUUCAUUUUCUCUUUCUUAUUUUCUUUCGUUACUUGUUCAUUCAUUCUUUCUUUCGUUAUACGCUCAUUUUUUCUCUUCUUUCUUUCAGAUUCGUCUCUAACAGUCACGCUCUCUUUCUCUUCAUCUAUUCUUUAAUUUUUCUGAGAAGAAAAAUCUGGAAUGAAAGGAAGAUAACAAAGGAGACACUUUCAUUUCUCUUUCUUUCCCUUUUCUCUCAAUUCAUUUAUUCAUCAUUUCUCUUUGUCUUCUUUUUAAGUAUUAAUAGUUUCUUCUCCUUUAAACAUUUUAUCUGCACCCCCCCUCCCACGUGGUAA